UUGCUCUUCUUCGUUGGUGCUACUUCACUCGACGUCUCUCAUGAAAGGCAUCCAUUCAUUUUUGUAAAAUAUAGCAUUAAAUUACACACUUUUGCCAUUUCUUGUCCAGUAAUCCGGGAUGAUUGAACCGAAGAAGAGGGUGGCGGACAUGGCGGUGGUUCCCGCUGCCGUGAAGCGGCCCCGUACGGAGCUAGUGGCGGCAGCUCAGUCUCAGCAACUCGUGGCCACGGGCCCUUCACGGAGCUCCAGCCUGCAGGCUCCCAUCAUGUUGAUGUCUGGCCACGAGGGUGAGGUUUAUUGCUGCAAGUUUCACCCCAAUGGAGCCACGCUCGCCUCCUCAGGAUUUGACAGGCUCAUAUUGCUGUGGAAUGUGUAUGGAGAUUGUGAGAAUUACGCCACCCUGAAGGGCCACAGCGGAGCAGUGAUGGAGCUGCAUUACAACACAGAUGGCAGUGUGCUGUUCUCGGCGAGCACAGACAAGACCGUAGGUGUGUGGGACAGUGAAACAGGUGAGAGGAUCAAGCGUCUGAAGGGCCACACCUCCUUCGUUAACACCUGCUACCCAGCCCGCCGAGGGCCCCAACUGGUCUGCACUGGCAGCGACGACGGGACUGUCAAGUUGUGGGAUAUCCGGAAGAAAGGGGCGAUCCACACUUUCCAGAACACCUACCAGGUCCUGGCUGUGACAUUCAAUGACACCAGUGAUCAGAUCCUGUCUGGAGGCAUCGACAACGACAUCAAGGUGUGGGACCUGAGGCAGAAUAAGCUGAUCUACAACAUGCACGGUCAUGGUGACUCAGUAACUGGACUCAGCCUGAGCUCUGAGGGAUCAUACCUUCUCUCAAACUCCAUGGACAACACAGUGCGUAUUUGGGAUGUUCGGCCGUUUGCGCCCAAGGAGAGAUGUGUGAAAAUUUUCCAGGGCAACGUUCACAACUUUGAAAAGAAUUUGCUGAGGUGCUCCUGGUCUACUGACGGCAGCAAGAUAGCUGCAGGCUCAGCCGACAGAUUUGUGUAUAUUUGGGACACCACAUCUCGUAGAAUCCUGUACAAGCUGCCGGGACACGCCGGCUCCGUCAACGAAGUCGCCUUCCACCCAGAGGAGCCUAUAGUGCUGUCUGGCUCCAGCGAUAAACGUCUGUACAUGGGAGAGAUCCAGUAGUGUGUGCGUGUGUGUGUGUGUGUGUCUGCGAGUACACUUGAUGGUGCGUGUGUGUGCGUGUCCUGCCUCGGAUGGGUGAUGUUCAGCGGCGGGUCAGGAGUCUCUGUAGUUUCAAAUGCUUCUGCUUGUCUCAGAACAACCUCAGGACGUGCGUUUGAAGUUCAUUACGCUCAGUCACAAGAACAUCCACAAUGAUUUGUUUUUUAUUCUGACAUUUCUUUUUAAUAAACUUCAGUCUUCUGUAAAAAAAACAAAAAACUGUUUUGUCACUGUGAUGCUUCGCUGAUGAAACUGAGUAUAAACAGGCAAACUAUUAAAACAAGUUAUAUCAUUCACCCACGACUACUUAAACUAAAACCAGCAUACCUCUGGGGCAACUACGUUUUUGGACUGGUUUUGAUUUGUUACGGCAGGGUUUUAAAUUAAAUCCCUUGUAUCCAACAGAACAUGCAGAGUUUGUUUGUUAGGGGUCAACACAAGUAGCUGAGAUUUUAUUGGAACAUUGAGGCAAAAUGUGAAAUAGGACGACGGUGUUUCUUUUCAUUUCGGUCAGGAUGUUCAUGGUGCUACUUUACACAUCUGUGUAAGUAUCUGUAAGUAUGGGAAAUUAAAUGUGUAAUUCAAACACACCAUAAGCUGCCUCUGGCCAUUUAUGCAACCCUGCAGCUUUUCUUAUUGGUUGCUGUUUUCUAAUAAACUUUUUACAGUUCCCGAGAGACACUACAGUUUGCAUAUCUUAUAAUGCCCUAUUGUUUAACAGUGCUUUUAUAGUGUUAUAACCUGCCAAAAAAAUGUGAAAUUGACCCAUUAUUUAACACAGUAAACUCACUAAAAAAUACUUGUAUACAUUUAUUUCUUUUAUAAAAAAUGCAGUUUUAUUAUUAGCUUUGGCUCUGGUUUAUUUUGUCUGUAUGAAUUAGGUCAGGGUAAUUAGCAUUUUUUAAGUUACAGCUGUUCCAGUUUUUUUUUCCUCUCCAGUCUGAUUGCAUAAUAAACCUGGAUUUAUUGCAUAA